AUGACUGAAAUAGAACCUAAGGGAACACCUGUUAAAAGGGUGCUAACUAAUGUGAAAAGCAACAUGUCUGUUAAUUUAUCCCUAGAACAAUUGAAAGAGAUAGAAGCGAUGCUUUUGUUAUGCAGCUCAAAUGUUGUUUCAUCUAAAGCCAAAGGCAAUAAUGAAACAACAUGGGAAUGGAAGACGCCCCUAAAUGAAGAUAUUGGAAGAGAGGGUAUGACUAUGCAAUCUGUUAGUAGAGGACUGGAGGUUGCUGUUGGUAACCUUCAAGUGUACUUCAAUGAAUUGGAGAACAAUUGUUAUCUAGAUUUGAUACUGCAUAUCAGAAAAGAGAAUUGUCAACCAUGGCAGAGUGUGCAAAAGUCCUAUCUCAGUACAAACCCCCGGCAAUUUUACUUACAGAGAUCAGAAAUGGCCAGCCAAAAGACCAUGACCGACGCUCAGGCCGCCUUAGGUCAACAGCAGUUGCAUAGAGAUGCAGCAACGAACCAACAAUCUGCACAAAACGCUGGUAUCGUGGAACAGACUGGCGAUUCUGUGAAGAGGAUGACACAAGGAGCGGCGGACAUAGCCGGCGGAGCAGCAAGUGGGGUGCUGGGAUUAGCACAAGGUGCGGCAAUGGGAGCGGCGAACGUGGCUGAGGGUGCCGCCGGCGCCGUGAAGAACACCUUUGGGAAUAAUCCAGGCUCACAAAAUACAACAAGCCAACAACAUUGCCAAAACGCUGGUAUUGUGGAUCAGACCAAUGAUUCAGUGAAAAGGAUUGCAAAUGGUGCAACGGGCGUAGUUGGUGGAGCAACAAGUGGAGUGUUGGGAUUAGCACAAGGUGUGGCAAUGGGUGCAGCGAAUGUAGCCGAGGGUGCGGCUGGUGCUGUGAAGAACACCUUUGGGAAUAACUCAAGCUCACAAGAUUGUAACGCCAAACCCUAAGUUUGAAGGCUUAAAACAUGUUUAUAUAUGUUGUUUGAUAAGAAAAGAUUAACUACGAUAUUAAAAAACGAAUAAGAGUACACACUAAAGAUAUCAUGCGU